AUAUCUUUGAAGGAUAGUCUUUAAGAAUCCAUGGCUCAUGGCUGCUCCUUUAUUCUUCUGGAUGAGCCAGAGCUGACUCAUGCAACAAAAAGUGGAUUAACCAACUACUUUCAUCCGGCCCUUUAAAUACCUUGGCAGAAUACAAUGUUUGAUCAACCUAAGUAAGCAUUUCUAACAGCCGACAACAGUAUUUUACAUCAUAUUCCCUUCUGUUCCAAACAUGAAAACCUCACUUCAGGAAUUUGUUGUUGGAAUUCCAAUAAGCUCAGAAGCAAACCCAUUUGAUAGGUCACUAAAGAGAUACUUACCUGAUCCUGCUAGCCAAUACGAUAAUCCGUCACGUGAAAGUGUGUCUCUCACAUCCAAACAUAGUAAGAAUCUUGUUAUUGCAGGUAGUUCAGACUCUGUGCUUAAUAGGAAGAACAAGCCUGGUAAAAAACGAGACAGUUUAGCACAUGGAGUCCGAGAGCAUGUUAGGCAUGGGCCCAACAUCACUCAAACUGUGAAGGGGAAGUUGAGCUUGGGGGCUAGAAUUCUUAGAGUAGGUGGUGUGGACAAAGUGUUCAAGCGGUUAUUUAGUGUUAGAGAAGGAGAGAAAUUACUGAAGGCUUCCCAGUGCUAUUUAUCAACCACAGCAGGUCCUAUUGCAGGCCUACUCUUUAUCUCCACAGACAAUGUUGCAUUCUGCAGUGACAGAUCAAUCAAAAUCUCUUCUCCAAAUGGAGAGAUUAUAAGAAUACACUACAAGGUAAGUUGCAAAGGAUUAUUAAUUCUGUUUCUCUCUGUGUCUCUGCCUGGCUUGCUGAUUGCUAAUAUUAUAAGUAACGUUCCCAUGGUGCAGGUCUUGAUUCCACUGAGGAAGAUAAAGAGAGUCGAGCAAAGUGAGAAUAUGAAGAAGCCUUCACAAAAGUACAUGGAAAUAGUUACUGUCGACAAUUUUGACUUUUGGUUUAUGGGUUUUUUAAGUUAUCAGAAAUCUUUCAAGUAUCUUCAGGAAGCUAUUUCGCAAGCUUAGAGGAAUGCUAGUCACUCAAGAAGCAGAAAUGUUAAUUCCCAUCUUCUUCUCAGAUGUACAGCUAGGAAAUUCUCUAUACAAUUUCAGGCAUUGUAUUUUGUAAUGAUGAAACGCUCUCUGAUUCUUCAACUAUCACUUAACUAUCAAAUCAGAUUCUUUUUGUGGUCAA